AUAAAUAUUUUUCAGUCGUCUUCAAGUUCCAGAUCUUCAAGUUCUUUUCAUUCAUCUUCUUCUUUUCAUUCACUUUCUAGCCAUCCAAUUCCAACCUAUCCAAUCCACUCCUCCUCAUUUCAUUCGCCUUCUCCUUCAGCCUCCUUUCAUUCACCUUCGGAUUCUCCUUCUCAAUCCAAAUCUUCAUUUUUUAAGCCUUCAAUGUUUUCUUCACUUUUAAGAUCUAAAAAGCGUAGAACCACAACAACUACUACUACAACGGAAACUUAUAGUACAACACCUAAUUUUGAGGAUUAUGACAAUAACACAUUAACUAAUAGUACAACAACACCAACUUAUGGCACAACAGAAAGUGUCUUUAUUUAUCAAGCUUCAAAUGUAGAAUUUAAUGCUUGUAAUAAGAAUAAUAAUUAUUACUUAAAUUUUAUUUUGGUUGUGAUAUUCAUAAUAAGGAUGCUUUGA